AUGCCUGUGGUCUCGCGCCUUGUGUCGAUGAUCCUCCGCGUUGGGGAGAUUGCCUUUGCGGCGGUCGUCGCGGGUAUCAUCGGCCACUACCUCGCCUCCUUCUCCGACAUCCACCCCUGGCCGCAGGCAAGGUGGAUCUACACCGAAGUCAUCGCUGGCAUAUCCAUACUCCUGGCCCUGAUAUGGCUGAUUCCCUUCUCGUCGGGCUUUUUCUCGUGGCCACUGGACGUGAUCAUCUCCUUCGCCUGGUUCGCCGCUUUCGGGAUCCUCGUCAACGCGAUCCAGCAGCUUCCCUGCGGCGGCAUCUGGCACUGGAACGGCUUCCUGCACGACUCUGUCUGUGGGCGCUGGAAGGCCGCUGAGGCGAUGAGCUUUGUGUCUGCUAUUCUCUGGCUGGUCUCGGCUCUGGUGGGGAUCUGGUUUACCUUCCGUGUUCGCAAGGAUGCUGGCGCUGCGCCCGGAACCACCCAUCGUCGCUGGGGCCGCUCUCCUGCCCCUGCCGUGUAA